AUGCCUUUGGAGCUCAGAGCUUGGCCCGGGGGCAGAGGCACAGAGAGCGCCUCGGGACAUGUGCAGAAGGCCGCCUCUUCGCCAGGCAGCAGCCACCGUAACCCUUCAGGAGAGCCGGGGGGGGGGGACAACAACGUGCCGAAGGGCACCGGCAGGCUGAAGAAGGCACUGAAGCGGAAGCACCCACAGCCUCCGCUGGACACCGCCAUGUCUGAAAGCACAACAGCCGCCCUGCCCGACCAUGGCACCCAGGGGACGGCUCAAGGCAGCCCUCCCCCAUCCACCGAUUCCCACGGCCUGGCUCAGGAGACCUCCAGGGAGCCUUUCCGGGCCCAGGGCCGUCGUUUGGUCCGAGGUGUUCCGCGGGACUGCCGGCUCUUCGCCAACAGGAAGAAAAGCAAGAGCCACGCUUCCCUCGCCGAAAUGGACGUGCACAUUUUAAAACUGUCCCUGCCCUACCGUGGCUUCUCCUUCCAGAUCCUUGUGUUUGACCAGGAGAACUUCCAGGGCCAGCAGAAGGAGUUCACACGGGAGUGCCUGAACCUGGGAGACCACGGCUUCGACCGAGUGCGCAGCAUCAUUGUGGCCACGGGACCCUGGGUGGCCUUUGAGCAGUCCAACUUGCGUGGUGAGAUGUUUGUCUUGGAGAAGGGCGAGUUCCCACGGUGGGACACCUGGUCCAGCAGCUCCUGCAGCGACCGCCUGCGCUCCCUGCGGCCCGUCAGGAUGCACGAGGCCCAGGAGCAGAAGAUCCUCCUCUUUGAGAGGGCCAGCUACAAAGGCAACAAGAUGGAAGUUCAGGACAGCGACAUGCCGAGUCUGUGGGUGCACGGCUUCUGCGGCCACGUCGGGAGCGUGAAGGUGCCCAGUGGAACCUGGGUGGGCUACCAGUACCCUGGCUACCGGGGCUGCCAGUAUCUCUUUGAGCGAGGAGACUUUGGGCACUGGAACGAGUGGCUGGCCUUCCAGCCCCAGGUGCAGGCCGUCCGCCGUGUCCGGGACAUGCGCUGGGGACCCAAAGACUACGCUCUCCCUCUUGAGAGCCCUCUCGGCUGAGCACGCUCCUCCUGCGGCCAAUCAAGCUCUUGCGAGGGGGACGCAAGCAUAUCGGCAGACCCGCUGCUCACAAGACCAUCACGGCGGCCCCCUGGCACUCCCCCAGGGCUCCUCAGCACGUGCC